AUGGAGGCCCAGAGCUUGCUCCUGCUCCCCAUGGCCUUUCUCCUGUCCCCUGGGGCUUGGGCUGGUGAGAUCAUUGGAGGAAUAAAUGCCAAGCCCCACUCCAGACCCUACAUGGCCUAUCUGCAAAUACAAGACGGACAGUAUAUAAAAACAUGUGGAGGAUUCCUAGUGUCGAAGAACUUUGUGCUGACGGCCGCUCACUGCAAUGGAGAUGAGAUCACUGUCAAGUUGGGAGCCCAUAACAUCAGUAAAGAGGAACGGAGCCAACAAGAAAUCCCUGUGCAUCGUCAGAUCCUCCACCCACAAUACGACAAUAAGACAACUAACAAUGACAUCAUGCUGUUGCAGCUGGUAGAGACAGUGAAGCUGAAUAGAUGGGUGAAAACCAUCCUCCUGCCACGCACCAACAAGAGAGUGAAGCCAGGGACCAAAUGCAGUGUCGCCGGCUGGGGCUGCACUAGCAGACAGAGUGAAUCGGCCCCAGCCACCACACUCCAGGAGGCAAAUUUAAAGGUGCUGGAGGAUGACGUGUGUCUGAAAAAUCCUGAUGUGACCUACUGUGACUAUGAUGCUUCCACCAUGAUGUGUGUGGGGGAUCCGAAGAAGGGCAAAGCCUCUUUUCAGGGAGACUCUGGGGGCCCCCUGGUGUGUGGGAAAAGAGCUCAGGGCAUCGUUUCCUGGGGAUCCCGAAAGAGCGCCUCCCCUGGAGUGUACACAAGAGUCUCCACCUUCAUCCCCUGGAUAGGGGAGAUGAUGAGGACACUGGAGCCCUGAGCCGAGCCGGGAAUCACUGCAUGGGCCAGAGCUGCACCACUUCUGUCCUUUGGAGAGGCCCAGACGUAGGGGCUGCUUUGCAGAGGGGCUGAGCCCCCUCCCCCAGCCUUUGUUACCCUCAGGCAGCCCCCAACCCAAAUGACUGUUUAUUGGAGAUUCUCGUCAUUACCUCGACCUGUUAACCCCUGUUGAAACUGCAGCCUGCCCUGUCCUCAAUGGGCCUUUCCAUGUGUUUGUUCC